AUGAGCCCCACUGAGGAUUCAAAUAAAUUACAAUUUAAGGGCGCAAAUCCAGGUGCUGUACAAUAUGGAAAUUUUAUAAAUUAUUACCAGUUUCACCCUCCUGAUGAUCGUGUAAAAUUAUUACCAAAAAAUAUUUGGAUAACUGGAACAGCAUGUAUUGCAUUGGAUAUAGGCUGCAAUGCUGGGAACUUAACUUUAGCAUUAAAGGAAUUUUUAAUGGAAAAUGUUUCAAAAGAUACAUCCAUCCUAGGUAUUGAUAUCGAUCCAGCUUUAAUAAAACGUGCGGAAGAAUUAAUUUCGAAAAACACUAGCUUUAAAUGUUUAGACAUCAUGGACGAAAUAAACAGAAAAUUACUUAUAAGCAAUUAUUUAACUUCUUUCAAUGUAAAUAAGUUUUCAAUCCUGUUCUGCUUCUCUACUACAAUGUGGAUACAUUUGAACCAUGGUGAUGUUGGUUUAAAAUCGUUUUUACAGUACAUUUGCUCUAUCGCUGAAAUAGUUGUUGUGGAACCACAGCCUUGGAAAUGUUACAAAACUGCAGUGAAAAGAAUGAAAGGGACUAAUUUUACUUUUCCUGAAUUUUCCAAAUUAAAAUUCAGAGAAAGUAUUGAAAGUGAUAUUGAAAACAUUUUGAUCAAAGAUUGUUGCAUGCUUAAAAUUAAUGAAAGUGAAAGGACUAAAUGGGAAAGGAAAUUGUUAAUAUUUAAACAUAAAAUAUGA